UGGGGUAUAUUUUAAUUUUAAUUUUGUUUGUUUUAUUAUAUAGACCAUUAUACCUUCUAGGACAUGAAUUGUUAAGAUUAUUGAUUCACUGAAAAUUCAAUGCAAACAGUUCAACCUUAAAUUGCAAAUAAAAUGCUGCUCAUGUGUAUUAUCAUAUGGGAAGGGAUCUCAUCCUUCAGUUAUGAAAAUUAUAAUUUUUAAAUGUAUUACCGGAGUUUGCAUGUGGCCUUCAUUUUUAAUUAAACUGGUACAAAACAGUGUUAUUUAGAGGCAAACAAAUGGUGCGGGGAUUACUGUCUAAUGACAGCAUAUAGUUUUAUUUUUGUUUUGAUUGUUUAUUAUUUUGGCAAAGUAUAAACGAUCGUUUAUUUACUUUGUAGCGUAUAAGUUGACCUCAUAUUUGGUGUACUGGAAAUUGCCUGAUAACAGUGUGUUAGAUAAAGUAAGCUUUAUAUACAUUGUAUAUGCACAUACAUUUCUCUCUGUGAAGAGUUCACAAAAAGACACUGUUAGUUUCUCUUCAACCAUGUCACGUGACGUACAUGUUAAUUUUAAACCGGAUGGAGAUAGAGAAAAAGAUACUAACCCCACUAUCAUCACCCACAAAACCGAUAUCCUCUUAGCAGUACGCAAUCUAAUGUGUGAAUAUUAACUUUAUAUUGAUGUACUUCUCUUUAAAGAUUCUCAUUGAGAACUGUGUUGAGUGGCAAGACAAUUUUGAUGUCGUUGGGGCCUGGUCAUACAUAUUUAAGAAAGUAGACUUAUCCUAGUAUACUAGUGAGUGAAAUAUUCACUUAUUUUCUAACAGUUUGUUUAAAUUUAGAAUUUGGUUGAGUGGCAAGACAAUUUUGAUGACGUUGGGUCCUGGUCAUACAAAUCGAAGAGAAUAGUUUAGCAUAGUUUAGCAGCAACAAAGGGGACUUUUAAACGGAUACUAGCAGUACUGCAGGAAAAGUCUGAUAUCCAUUUUAGUAAAACUGUGUAUCGGGAAAACACGCAGUUCAAUGGCAAAUACGUAUAUUGUUAUUGCUGCAUCGAUUUUGUUUUGCAUUGGAUUAAUUGGAAAUUCUAUCACCGUGUGUUUUGUUGCUGUAUCCAAACGGCUGCACACUCCAACAUACGUCCUGAUUGGUUGCCUAGCAGUGUCUGACGUACUCGCCUCCGUAACGCGAUAUGUUCAGAUAUUUAACACAUCUCUUUUUUAUGAGUAUUCUCAUCGUUAUAUAUAUGAAACAUUCACCUUUUUAUUUAUUCAUUCGGCAUUUUUCCAUAUGGUUUUAGUAUCAUAUGUUCGUUUUGUUUUCAUAACAAAUCCUCUCCACAGUUUGAAUCUGACUUGUAAAAAAAUUCUUUUGAUGUCUUUUGCGGUUUGGUUAAGCUCUAUUGUCGUUUCCAUCGGAUACGGAGCAGUUAAAGUGCUAAAUAUAAUGAAAAUGAUAUCUUUGGAAACAGCAGAGUUUACUGAGGUUGGGUUUGGUUUGUAUAUUUGUGGUUUACCAUUUAUUAUUGUAGUUAUUUUUAAUGUUCGAAAGCUGUAUUAUCUGUACAACCAAACAGCUUUUGUUCGACGAAACAAAAUAGCAAAUUCGAUGUCGUUGAUGUUUUGGAUUAUCAUUGUGAUUUAUCUCCUUAGCACAAUAUAUCCUUUAAUUUACACGAUUAACUAUGCAUUGUUAAAUAGUUCACUUCUUGAUUCAAGCUUAGACUUAGUUCGUGUUAUGUUUUCUUUUUCGUUGCUUGUCAAUACUUGUUUGAAUCCUUUGAUAUAUUUCAUGUUUUCACCCCCUGUUUUAAGAUGUCUAUCCCGAUUUCAAACAUGUUGUAAUUAUGGCACAGAUCGUCGCAUAAGCAAUCAUAGAUCGUGUCCGCAAGUGGAAUAGGUUGGUGAACUAUUUUUUUCCUUAACCAUCUGACGUCACUUCUCUCUGGUUAUUGUGAUUUCCGUCAUCAAAUAAAAUCGUUUUCGUUCUAAGAAAAGUCGGUGAUAGUUUUAAAUUUAAUAAUGGGUCUGCCGAUUUCAAAGCCGAAGGUAUGUAGCUCCAUGUCUGCAAACAUUUUUAUUGAAGACUCUAAUUUUGUUCCUUAUUAAAACGUUGCAAUUUACAACACACUGAGAAUUGCGCUAAUUUUUGACUGAUUAAGCUUAUAUCCACACGUUUUAACUCGUACGGAGUUUUAGCUCCAAAGUCGUCCAACCAUCAUCUAGACUGCGAGCUACAGACCUGCAAAUAGACAUGUUAUACACUUAACAAUAUUGCACAAUUUUUUUAAAAUUAUUAAUAAUUAAUGUAACAUUCAUUUAAAUUUAAGCUUAUGAAAGAAGAAUAAUGAUGGAGUUUAAUUGCGUGUUUUUAAAACUGAAAUGUAUUAUUGUGUGUCAUUGUAAAUAGAAUUACAUGUGUACAUGUAUAAUGUUGUUUUUUUUUAUGUCAGUUACGUUUCAAUCGUCAAUUUAAAAAUAUUUUUAAAAAAGUCUUCCUUCGUAUAUUUAACCUAAAUUCUUAUAAACUUGAGUACUCUAAUAAAGAUACA